UUGGACUAGAUGAUCCUCGUGGUCCCUUCCAACUCUAUGAUUCUAUGAUUCAGUUGUACAUGCUUCUACUGAAUUAUAGUAAGGCGUGGAAACUAGUUAGUCAUACCAAUUCCGUUUUCUUCCUGUACACAUCUCCAAUGAGCCAGCACUUUCAUGUUCCGCAUUUGGAACAUUUCUUCUCAUUUUGUAAGUAGCUGAAUUUCCAAUGCAGCAAUGCACAUAUUUCACAGCGUCAAUUAACCCAUUUUGCUCUCAAACUCACUGGGAGCAGUUACACGACAAGGAGGAUGUUUUCUCUGAGGCUUGUAUCAACACUGCUCCUUUUAUUCAGCCAAGACCAAAGGGUGACACCUUACUCAUUUGAGAAAUGUGAGGUGCAUGAAAUCUCGGGGAACAAAACAAAAGUUCUGUGCUACAACAGGAACCUGGAAAAUGUCCCAACCCACCUACCUGGCAAAGUUGAUGCUUUGGACUUGUCUGAGAAUAAAAUUAGAAGUCUGGGGAGGACUGACUUCAGAAACUUGAGUCACCUUCAAGUUCUGAACAUAUCUCAGAACAAAAUAGAACACAUCGAAGGAGGUGCUUUCAUGCACACAAGCUACCUGGAGCUCUUGAACCUCACUGCAAACCGUCUGACUCUUCUCUCCAGCUCCAUGUUUGAUGGGCUUACAAAUCUCACGGUCUUGAUGCUUGGCAACAAUCAAAUACUCAAGAUUGAACCUUACGCCUUUGCCCAUUUGGAGAAAUUAAAGGUAAUUGAUUUAUCUUCAAACAGAUUGUAUACCAUGAAUGCUAUGCAUGCUGUGUUUAAAGUGGAAUCCUUGAAGGAACUGCACAUCAAAGACAAUGGUCUGCAGAAUUUCUCAACCGAACAGAUCAUUAGUGUACCUGAGCAGCUUCGUGAAUUGGAUGUAUCUCAUAACCCAAUUUCUCUCAUUGAUGUUACAACUUCAGUUUUACAAAGCCUUUCUUCACUUGAUUUAUCCUUCUCUAUCCCUAACAUCUCCAUUAUAUGGUUGAUACAAGACCCUUGCUUCUUAAAAGGCUUAAAGACAUUAUUUUUAGGAGGUAUAGCUAUGAAACCAUCAGCUAUCUCAGAGGUGAUCCAAAUGAUGAACUGCACCUGGCUAGAGGCUAUCCACCUAAACCAGUUACACCUGAAUGAGUCAGAUGGACUUAUAGAGCAGGUAUGUCUAAAGCAUGGAACUGUUGAGACUCUUAACUUACAGCACAAUUCGUUCACAAGUGUUAAUGAAGGAGCCUUUGAAAACUGCACACAUUUAAGGCAUCUGAAUAUGGCAUUUAACAAGCUGAAAGUGCUGCCAAUGACACUGUUUCAGUCCUUGCAUUCUUUGAAAAUUCUUUCUUUGGCAAACAACAAGUUCACUAUGGUGCCAAAUGCUACCUCUAACAUAGCAUCAUUAGAAUGCCUGGAUCUUAGUUUUAACAAGAUCUAUAGAAUUCUUCCAGAUGACUUUGCCCAUCUAAAUAAUUUGAAGAGUCUCUAUGCCACUGGAAACCGUAUCUCUCGUGUCCAUUCAAAUAUCUUCAGUGACCUGCACAGCUUGCAAGAACUGAAUCUUGAAAUAAAUAUUUUAACAGAAAUCAAUGAACCUUUCCCAGGAAGCUUAAAGAAUCUGGAAACCCUGAUACUAAGGCAAAAUAAACUGGAUUCGAUAACAAAAGACGUUUUUAAGAAUCUUACUUCUCUGCUGGUUCUUAACCUGGCAGACAAUCAGAUUGCUGCUAUAGAACCUGGUGCCUUUAUAGGUUUGCGUAACCUGCAGAGCCUUGUUCUUGGUAGCAACAAGAUCACCAAAGACACGUUCCAGGAAGGGCUAUUUCAAGGUUUAAGCUCUUUAGUAGACCUAGACCUUUUUAACAAUUAUAUCAGUUACAAGUCCUCCAAAAUGCUUGCCAAUCCUCCCUUUAAACUGCUGAAGUCCUUAAACAAAUUUAAUAUAAACAGCCAACGUCAUAACGGACUUGAAAAUUUUCCAGUUAACUUCUUACAAGGACUGGAGUCCAUUGUGCAAAUCCAUGCAGGCAACUUGGCAAUAUCUUUUUUGGAUCCCAAGACUUUUCAAUACACCCCUACGCUUGAAGAGCUUGAUUUGAGUGAUAAUUCUCUUAACAAUGUUAGCAAUAUGCUCUUCUGGCCUGUACCAAACCUGAGGGAACUGCACCUCAAUAAAAACGGACUAAAUUCACUCAACAUUGUUUCCCAUGGCAACCUUUCCAAGUUAACUCUUUUCAGAGGAGCUGGAAACCAAAUAGACGUUAUCACAAAAGAACAAAUAAGAGCUUUGCCUGCCCUUCUUUUUCUAGAUCUCAGGCAAAAUACAUUUGCCUGUUCCUGUAGCAAUGAAAUGUUCCUCAACUGGUCACUAAAGGAUCCUAAAACACAGGUACUCCAUUUCUACCAGUACACCUGUGCUUCCCCUUCAGCACAAAAGGGGCAGAAAUUGUGGACCUUUGAGACGUCUUCCUGCAUCAUUGACUAUGGGUUUAUCCUGUAUAUCACAAACACAUCUGCAGCAAUUUUACUGAUGCUCGUCUGCUUCAUUUAUCAGUGGAGGUUGCAUAUGAUCUACAGUUACUACCUACUACUUGCGUACUUCAUUGACAAGAGGGAAAAAAGGAAGGAGCGAGUCAUGGGUUAUGCUUACGACGCUUUCCUUUCUUACAACACACACAAUGAAGAGUGGGUGAUAAACGACCUCCUGCCAGUGCUAGAAAACCAGUAUCAUUGGAAGCUCUGUCUUCAUCACCGAGACUUUGAGCCAGGACGGUCCAUCCUGGAAAAUAUUGUAAACAACAUCUACGCGAGCAGGAAAACCAUUUGUAUCAUAAGUCGCCACUACCUGGAAAGUGAGUGGUGCUCCAAGGAGAUCCAGGUGGCCAGCUUUCGCCUUUUUGAUGAACACAAGGAUGUCCUGAUUCUCAUUUUUCUGGAGGACAUUCCCAGCGAAUACUUAUCACCCUACCACAGAAUGAGAAAACUUAUUAGGAAAAAGACAUAUCUCAAAUGGCCCCAGGAUGAGAAGAAGGUUGCAUUGUUUUGGCAAAAGCUCAAUAUGGCUAUGAAGACAGGUGAAGGAAAAGAAGAGGAUCACCCCAUUUUGCCUAGAUUUGCUCCGGAUGAAGUGCCUUAAAGGAA